AUGUGGCCAAACAGUAUCUUGGUCCUCAUGGCGCUCCUCCUUUCCUCUACUCUGGUAACGGGAGGUGGAGUCAAAGGCGAGGAGAAAGGAGUUUGCCCGCCAGACAAUGUCCGCUGCUUCAGGGAAGAUGAUCCCCAGUGUUACAAUGACAGGGACUGUGGAGAUCAGAAGAUAUGCUGCUUCUGGCACUGUGGCCUCAAAUGCGUGCCACCCGUGCCGCCCGUGAAAGACAACAGGGAAGAGUGA